CUCGCCGCUCUUCCGCACAUCCCCGCGCUGCCAGCCCCAUGGCCUCGGGCGCGAGCAAGAGCCGUCAGCCCGGGACUUGCAAUGGCCCCCAAGGCGCUCGCUGCAGCCCGGCAGAGGAGUGCAGCCGGGAGAUGCACACGAAAAUGUGCAAGAAGAUCGCCCAGCUCACCAAGGUGAUAUAUGCCCUGAACACUAAAAAUGAUGAGCAUGAGGCCAGCAUACAGGCUCUUAAAGAAGCACAUGAAGAAGAGAUUAAGCACAUCCAUGCUGAGACAAUGGAAACAAUCCUCCAGUAUAAAAGCAAAAUGGGAGAAGAACAGGUGCUACGAAAGCGUAUUCAGACCCUGGAAGAUAUGCUGGGGCAACACCAGAUGCUAAAGGAGGAAGCCUCAGCAAAAUUUAUCAUGUGCAAGAAGCAGGUGGCAGAGCGGGAGCUGAGAACAGAGGGAAAACAGCCUGAGUUGAUCAGUUUCCUUUCCAGGGAGCUGUUAGAUAUGAAGACAGACUUUGAAAACAAGCUUCAGCAUUUAAACCAGGAGUCUGAGAGCCUAGUAAAUGACUGCAAAACAUUUGAGAGAGAGAACUUGGAUACAAAGGAGAGUUUAGAUGAUAAACACCGUGUGGAGAUGCAGGUUGUACUUAAUGAAAUGGAAAACCUCAAGAGUGAGAAUCGAAAGAUAAUUGAAGAAUAUGCUGAGAAAACCAGCAAAUUACGAGCUUUUUAUGAGAAAGAAAAAGACACUUUGAAAAAGGCCAUGCAGCAAUCAGUGGCAGAUAUGCAGAAGCAGUGCCAGCAAAGAGAAAUGGAGCAAAGGAAAAUCAAUGAAGCCCAAGAGGCUGUUUUGUUGCAGCAAGUAAAGAAGCUGGAGGCUGACCUAGAGGCGAAAAGUCAGAAAAUAAAUGAGCUGAAGAAACAUUCCCAGAAGCUGAAGGAGAAGACACAGGACUUGGAAAUACAGCUCAGGGAAUCAAAACAAGAUAUUCUGAAGUCAAAGAGUACAAUGAAAAAACUGGAGGAGGAGCUACCUGUUGCCAAAGAUAAGCUAAUACUACAGGAGAAUGAAAUACUGAGGAAAGCAGAAGGAAUGGAAACUAUAGUGAAUGCCCAGUGCAGAGCUGCUAAUCCAGCAGAUGAACUGAAAGACCAGAUAGUGCAGCUCCAACAAAAGACUUCCACCAAAGAGAGCCACAGUGGCAAGAAAGACAGUGAAGAUACAAAGGUGCCAAACCAGUCUGAGGACCCUGCAGCUACCAUGAAAGACGAUAUGAAGCAGUGGCAAAAAGAAGAACUUCGCAAAAUCAAACGUCAGUCAGAUGAGGAGAAAAUGCGUUUGAAGGAGCAGCUGGUGAAGGGGUUGGAAGACCUUGUGAAAAAACACACACUGGAAAUCAAGUCAGUACAAGCUUCCAUGGAAGCUGAAAGAAAAACAUUGCAGAAGGAGCUUCAGCUACAGUUAGAGGAACUAAGAAAGAAAUCUGAGAAUGAAAUAAAGCAGCUGCAGAGAGAGAAAGAAGCCCUAAGUGGGAAACUUCAAGAUUCCUCACUUGAGGUUUCAAGACUGCAAGAAUUCAUCAGUCAAAAUCAAGAUCUACCCAAAUUUUCAGAAUGUCUUCAAACUUACUCCAGAAAGAUUCACAAAGAGCAGGACGAACUAGAUAGCCUACAGAGUGAAGCUACUGAGGUGCAGAGUCCAUCUGUGCAGCAUAAAGACAUAUCUAAAUUGCAGAGAGAGAGGGGCAGAUGCCAGGAGACCCCAAAAGCACAAAUGAGGAUCAAAAGUGAAGAAAAGCCAAGGCUGGAAAGCACAAGUGUAUCAAAAAAGGAAGAUAGACAAUCUGCUUCUGUUCCUUUACAAAAAGAAAAGACAAAGCAUGUCAAGCCUUUGCAGGAGGAAUGGCACAACCACAAAGCAGACUUAGAGGCUCAGGUUGCUCAGCUGAAACAAGCAUUAGACCAACAGGCACAUAACUUCAAAGAUGCUCUGCAGAAGCACAAUUUACAGUCCAACAAAGAAAAAGAGAAGCUUUUACAGGAUCUUCAAGACAUCAUUAAACAAAGUCAGAAUGUUAAAGUGCAACUGGAGGCAUCAAAUCAGAGAGCCUUAAAAAAACUAGAAAAAAACAAGAAUCAGGAACUCAAGGAAAUAGAAGAACGUUUGAAAAGGGAAUAUAAUAACAGUAUCAAGAUCCAUGACCAGUCUCACAGGUUGGAAAUACGGGCUUUGGAAGAGAAGACAAAGAAUGAAUUACAAGGAGAACUGGAGAAGAUACAGAAACAACAAACUCAGUUGCUAGAAUCUCUGAGGAUGGAUCUUUCUGAGCAACAGGAGUCCUGUGCCAGUCACAGAAAACAAAUAGAAGACCUACAGAUGGAGCUGAAGAAUGUAUGGUCCCUAAAGCAGCACCAGGAAGGAAAUAGCCAGAACCAGAUCAAAUCUCUUAACGAUGACCUGGAGAAAUGUCAGAAUGAGAUUUCCGGGCUCAAGAAAGAGAAUUCACUUUUAAAAGACACCAUGGAGUUGCUCAGUGCACAGGUGGACCUACAGAAGCAGGAGGCUGCCCAGCUUCAGGACAGGGAGAAGCAACACAGAAGGCUGCUGGAAGAUGACCUCAAAGGCAAGCAUAAAAAAGAACUGGAUGUCUUGAAACAAGAUCAUUGCAAGGAAAUCCAGAACAUGGUGUCUGAUUUCAGCAGUGCUCAGGCCCAUCUCCAAGCAAAGAAUGUUUCGCUAGAAACAGAACUUAAAGAAUUAGAGGAAAAGUCAAGAAAACGGGAGUCCAGGCAAGAAGAUAUGCAACUUAUAAGUUGCUUGCAAGAUAAAUUAAGUGAGAGGGAGGAGAUUAUCAGACACCUGAUGGAAGGAAGAAAAUUUCAUCAUUCACUUUUACCCACCACUGAAGUUUACCGGAAUAGAUCCUUUUCUUUCAAUCCUAGUCCUGGAUGUUUAACUCCUUCCAUGAAGAAGAAGAAACUGGAUGAUGUGCCCAGCCGUGUUGUCAGUGUGCCGAAUUUAGCCUCCUACGCAAAGAGCUUUCUGAGUUGUGACUUGAGAUCAAAGAGGAGUUCUCCUCAAAUAACAAAAUCUACAAGCCUAGACCAGAGUCCCAGCUGCAUCAGGGCCUGCUAUCAGUCAACACAGUCCUCGGACUCUAGCACAGCCACAAGGAAACAAGACAAUGAAGCAUCAAAAUUUAUAGAUGACAAGAAACAAGACCCUCGGCAUCAGGAAUGGUUUACUAAAUACUUCUCAUUUUAAAAAACAACCAUUUCCAUAGUACUCCAAAUUAUGAGAUCAGAUGAUUUCACUCUUGAGAAAUGUUUGCCCAGUAAACUGAUCUGAAAAAUAUAUCUGUGUAAUUUGCACAGACCUUCGUAGGAAUUUACUGUUUUUGACUAUGGGAUUAUACACAUGGGUCUCAGAUAUACAUGUGAUAAUAAAUAACUCCCGAAACAUGGGAGUUGGACGAAAGAUUAUAGGUAAGUAUACAGUCAAUCCAGUACCCAUGUUAAACAGAAAGUCUUCCAUAUCAAGGUAAGAAUGUAUCUCUUGUGCAGCUACUUUUGAGUACUGAAUUUGUUUCUUGGUGCCUCAUGGCCCUGUUGGUUUGGCUCCUUUUUAAAAGAACACCUUAUAACUUUACAGAAUUUUUCAGUAUAGUCACACUUGGUUUCAUAUUUAUUAUCUCCUCUACCCAUUUUCUCCCUUUCUUGGGCUGCUAAAUCAUAUCAAUGUAUUUGAAUGCUAUUUUUAGAGAGUGUUUGUUUAAUCUGGUAGUUUUUGUUAAAUUUUAUAUUGCAUAGUGGCAUACCUCCUGGGAUGGUGUAUGUGUAAAAGGGAACUUAGGACUAGUGGCCAGAUUCUGUUGCACCUAGUACAAAUCUAAGUGGAAUUUGGUGCCUAAGUAUGAUUUUAUUCAACCU